CCGUCGUCGGGCUCAACUGCGCCUGCGCGGCGGCGCGCGAACGGAGCGGCGGAGAGCGGUUGGGGCUGCGCUGCGAGGGGGGAAAUGGCGGCCGCGGUGCUAGCGGCGCCGGAGGGCGGUUCCGCCGUGAUGCCGAUGGGGAGCGCGGCGACGUGUCCCCCUCCCGCCGGCCCCGCGGGUCCCGGCUCUUGGAGCCGAUCCUUGGACCGAGCUUUGGAAGAAGCGGCGGCCAGCGGCACGCUCAGCCUGAGCGGCAGGAAGCUGCGCGACUACCCGCGGGCCAGCGCCGCCAACCACGACCUCAGCGACACCACCCGCGCCGAUUUGUCACGGAACAGACUGUCAGAGCUUCCAGCAGAAGCAUGUCACUUCGUCUCCCUCGAGAGCCUUAAUUUGUACCAGAACUGCAUUCGAUACAUCCCGGAGGCUGUUUUGAAUUUGCAGUCUUUAACAUUUCUAAAUAUCAGUCGAAACCAACUUUCAACGUUGCCAGUACACCUCUGUAGUCUGCCACUAAAAGUUUUGAUAGCGAGUAAUAAUAAGCUGGUUUCAAUACCUGAAGAAAUUGGACAGCUCAGACAGCUGACAGAGCUCGAUGUGAGCUGUAACGAAAUACAGACAAUACCUCCACAGAUUGGCAAUUUGGAAUCCUUACGGGACCUAAAUGUCAGAAGAAAUCAUUUGGUGCGUUUACCUGAAGAGCUCGCUGAGUUGCCUUUGAUUCGAUUAGAUUUCUCCUGCAAUAAAAUAACAACAAUCCCAGUUUGUUAUAGGAACCUCAGACAUCUGCAAACCAUCAUGCUAGAGAACAACCCUCUCCAGUCACCCCCUGCACAGAUAUGUAUAAAAGGAAAAAUUCACAUAUUUAAAUACCUGAACAUAGAAGCAUGCAAGAUAGCUCCAGACUUGCCUGAUUAUGAUAGGAGACCCAUGGGAUUUGGAUCUUGCCACGAGGAGCUUUAUUCCAGUCGUCCGUAUGGAGCACUUGAUUCUGGCUUCAAUAGUGUGGACAGUGGAGACAAAAGAUGGUCAGGGAAUGAACCAACAGAUGAGUUCUCAGACCUCCCUUUACGUGUGGCAGAAAUCACUAAAGAGCAGAGACUGCGAAGGGAAAAUCAGUAUCAAGAAAACCGAGGGAGCACCGUCGUAACUAAUGGUGGAGUGGAACAUGAUCUCGAUCAGAUCGACUAUAUUGAUAGCUGUGCCACAGAAGAGGAGGAGGAAGAGGUGAGGCAACCCAAGUGCGUGGACUCGGACAGCCUCAGCUCCCAGUUCAUGGCGUACAUUGACCAGCGGCGAAUCUCUAAUGAGAGCUCACCAGCAAAGCCUGUAUCUGCUAGGGAAUUUCAGAAGGCUGAGGACACGAGACGGUAUUUACAACAAAACAGGGACACUGAUGAAUUACGAAGACCUGAAACUCUAAAUUUGAUGCAGGACAGAGAGCGUCACCAAGUACUAAGGAGUUAUGUGGACAGGACAGAGAGACCCCCAGCCGAUUCGCCUUAUUUUCUCUCUCUAUCAAGUCACCAGAGUCAGGUGCCCAGUACAGAUCCCGAUCUGCACCGCAGGCACAUAGAGCGUACCCGGCGGGAGGCACAGCUGGCAGCGCUGCAGUACGAGGAGGAAAGGAUGAGAACAAAGCAGAUCCAGAGGGAAGCUGUUCUCGACUUCGUUAAGCAAAAAGCAUCCUUAAGUCCUCAGAAGCAAAGUCCUCUGGAUAGUGAGUGUCCCUUUCCAUCCAGAAGGUCUCAGCAUACUGAUGAUAGUGCCUUGUUAGUGAGUGAUGACAGAUCCACCAUCUCUCCUGGCUCACCUACCACUCAGACAGUCCACCUUUCCCCUCCACAUCCUGGUCAUGCAGCCCUGCCUUCCUAUAGAAACCCUUCCCAGCGACCCGAGAGUUUCCUUUUCCGAGCAGCUGUCAGGGAUGAAGCAAACAAAGUGCUUGCUUCAUCAUCUGCCCGUGCCUUGUCUCCUGCUAAUGAUUCUGUAGACACUAGAGUUAGACAGAACUCCAAGCAGUGUGAGGAGCAACUGGAGCUAAUAGAGCAGCUACGUAAGAAUAUUGAAUCACGGUUGAAAGUCUCAUUGCCCAGUGACCUUGGAGCAGCUCUGACUGAUGGCGUUGUUCUGUGCCACCUGGCCAACCACGUGCGCCCUCGGUCUGUUCCCAGCAUCCACGUCCCCUCACCCGCUGUUCCUAAACUUACAAUGGCGAAAUGCAGACGAAAUGUGGAGAAUUUCUUGGAAGCUUGCCGAAGGAUCGGAGUGCCUCAGGACAAUCUUUGUUCCCCUUCUGACAUUCUUCAGCUAAACCUCAGCGUUAAAAGAACAGUUGAGACUCUUCUUUCCCUGGGGACAGAUUCAGAAGAAUCCAGUCUUGUCUCCCUUUCUAUUCAGCUCUGGGGCUUUGUGGUGUUUUACUGUACUCUGAUGCUAACGCUCUGUAUGAUCUAUCGCUGGGUCUUUUUUCUCUAGCUGAGGGACAGUGCUGCUGCUUCCUCCCUCCGUCACUCCAAUUCUCGGUAAAGGAUUUUGGGUUUUGACAAGACCAAGUGUACAAAGUUCUCUUUCUCACUUGCGGGAAAGAAGUAACAGAGGUGACAAAUGCAAUGUGUAAACACAUUGGUGCAUCCACACAACCAUCUGUGACGUAACUCACGUUUGUAUUUACUGUGUGAUGGUGAGCAGAUGUAAUGCCAGGGGAGGAGGUGCUGCCCAUGGGCUGGAGCAAGGGGCAGAGGGUCAGAGACAUGUAGGUGUGUGCUAUAGUCCGACUGCUGGGGAGUGAUCUAGCACUAGGAGAACUGCACUGACAGUUUGUGCCUCAGUUUCCCUGUCUGUAUAAUAAGAAUUGCACCCAGUUUGGUAAAUCGCUUCAGGAUUAUCUGAUGAAAGAGAUGUGAAAGAACACUAAGUAUUUGUUUUCAACAUCAGUGACCUUGAUAAGAUCUCACAGUCUUAGGAGACAUGGUCUGAUAAGUUUCGUCUGCAAGAUUUGGGGAUUUUUUUUUUUUUGGACCCCAGCUCCUUAUCCCUGCUUCUGGGAGGAUUUGACUUUCCUGUUCGCAGACUCCCAUGUUUUAUGUAUGAGUCAGGGUUUUUAAAACAGCUAUCCAUGAAUCUUGAGCUUCAUGACAGAUCAAGGAGGAGAUUUUCAGAGAAACUGAACUCUCUGAACAGCUCUGAAAGAAAACGUUUCUGGCACGGAAGGAAAAAUCCUUUGGGUUCUGUCAGAUGCCACAGGAUUGCCACAGCAUUUUGCUGUGCUCUGGAUAAAACAUAACAAAGAUUUCCUGAGUUGCCACUUGAUUGUGGGAGCCCCACGCCAUGCUUCUUCCCUUUUUCUUCCUAUCCAGUUGUUUUCAGAAACUUUGGUAUCGUACAGUUGCAGAAAUACGCGUCCUGGUUGCAUGUUCAGCUCCCUCUUUAGUGUUACACAAAACUCAGGUACUCUUCUGCACAGCUUCACAGCUUUUCCCUCCUCUGGAAAAGCAUCCUGGUGCUUUAAUGUGUUUCUCAGGGACAUCUCAGGACUUGAGGGCACUGCUCAUGCCACGUGCAAAAGACCAUGUCUCCUCAGAGUGUAGAUUGGUUCAGGGAGCUCUGGUCAGAGGUCACACACAGGUAAGUGCUACGUAACAGGCCUGUUCUGAGCGUGACUUCAGUACAUGUUUGUUAUGCCUGAAAGUGCAGUAAAUGGCUUGUAAGCCCUGGUUAAGUGGUGGUAGCACUCCUGCAUUAACCUGGCCACAACUCCGAAGCACAAUUUAACAUACACAGGGGUUUAGUUGCAAAUAUGGUCACUACCAGUAAAAAUGUGCUAUGUGUUCGUGGAUCUCACAGCUCUUGUGAUGUAAAGUGAGUAUUUAGCAAAGGAGCAAGCGGAGGAGCUGAUGCCCUCCUCCCAAACCACACUGUGACUGGCACCAAACGUUCUGUCCAAGCAAAACAUUUGGGAGGGAAGAGGGGACCUUUGGUGGGUGUGGGGGGGGUUGUUUUUAAAUAAGCUAUUUUUGCACUGUUUACUGGUGUGAACUAAAAUGAACUCCGUUCUUAUGCUUCUUAUCUUCUUCUUCUAAUGAACACUGUGAUAAAAGCUGCCAGGGGUCUUACACUAACCGUGCCUUCCCGCUCUGAAGUUCUGUUUGCCGCGGCUGUCUCUGUGGUAUGGAUUCUUUCCAAAGCUUUUCCCCUUAUCUAUUUGCAUACCUAAGAAAAAAAAAAGAAAAAAGAUAAUAAACAUUGGUUCCAGUUUACAAGUAUUUUCUCAAAAAGCACAUUGUUUCAAAAGAACUGUUCUGCUGGAAGAGAAAUGCAUGUCAGCUGGAUCAGCUGGCUGCCCGCAGCGCUUUCAGUCCGGGUUGUUUCUCUCCACUCCGAGCUUUGUGGGAGGAGUGCUGGCUGCCGUUAUUUCUGCUGCAGGAUUUCUUUAAUGUGGAGAAUCAGGAAAGGUGCAAAGAGUGGAGAAAUGCAGGGUGCUGCGGAAAUAUCUCGUGGGAAAAGGAUCUCUGUAGCUUUGUAGGAAGAAGACAGUUCAGUUAUUUCUUUAGAUAUACAGAGGACUGCUGGGCACACGUGGCCUGGGAUGACUGUUGUGGGCUGAGGGUGGCCCCCUGUGCCAAGGACUUGUGUAGGAUGAAGCUUUAAAUCCAUCGGAGGCUGAGAAUAGCACAAUUCUUAAUAAACGCUUUGAAACCUUUUUGCACUUUGUGUAUUACUCUUCUUCUUCAGAAUGACUUGGGAAGCUGCUAAGGGGCCUCCUCGCAGCAGUGACUCAGACAUAACGUAGGAGGGAUGUUUGCCUUCAAACAUGCUGUUAAUUUCUCAUUGCCUUAAACAGGAGAAAUGACGUUUUCUACAUUUAUUAUCAAAGUUUUUUCAGUCAGAAGCAAGUUGGCUUUUUUUUUUUUCCUUUUCCUAAAACAAAUGGUGCUUUCUGCUUUCUGACAGCAGUUGAACAUGUUGAAGCAGAGCUUUCCCCCUCCUUCAGUUAGCCUGAUUUUGAUUUCAUAAACUGCUGCCAUUUCCGCACGGGCAGAAAUAAAGGAUUUUGCUGUUUCUCAAUUCUCAUUAUUUGUUCUGCGUGAUGGCUGCUGAAUGAACGUGACGAUUAGCCCAAGAACGCCCGCUUUGAGCAGACGUGUUCACCAUUCUUAUUUACAAGCAGAACUUCCAUUUCAUCCCUUUGUGUGUGUGUGUGUGUGUGUGUGUGUGUGUGUGUGUGUGUGUGUGUGUGCGUGCUCGCUGUCCGUAACAUUUCAUAUUUCAGUUUCCUUUUCGGUUGAGUGUUUUUUCAUCCAUUUUGUUUUUGUCUUUGUUUUGUUCCCCAUUCAGGAGCAAUUAUGUUUGCCUCUCCAUAUUUUAGAAGAGAAAGGUUUGACACAGGUAGCUGUGACUGUGCAGGCGCUCCUGGAGCUGGCACCCCCAAAGCAGCAGCAGCUUCACCACUUGUCUGCUGUGUAAAGAUCUCCGGGACUUUUGGGUUACCUUGACUAAGCAGAAGGACGUCAAGACUUUACUGCCCAUGCAGUGCAUCCAAACACACAGAGCUCUGUUCUAAGGAAGCGAGUUUCCGUGAUUCCUGACAGGAAUGUUUUGCUUCAUUUCUCCAUUUUUUUUGGAGAUCGCAACAGUUUGCAAUAACGUUUUUAUUAUCGAUCAUUUUGCCCCCUACUGAAAAACAGGAGUUGGUGGUGAGGAGGGCAGGGAAUUCCAGUGGCUGGCUGUCGGAGCCGGCUGUAGAAACUGACCUGGUAGAUUGAAGACAUUGGUGUACAGUUUGGAAAGCUGUCCCUACAGGAAUUCAUUUGUUUAAAAAAAAAAAAAAAAAAAAAAGAGGAUGUUGCUGCAGUGGGCACAGGGGCAAUGAAACGUCGUUCCUUCUCCACAGGAUUCAGUGGAAGGGAGUUUCUUUGCCUUCUGAGAACAACAGCUCUUUCCAUUUUAUAAAUAUAUAUAUUUUAAGAAGAAAUUGCGACACAAUCUUAACCAGUACAGUGUUUCAUAUCAGGGUCAGCCCUUAUGCAGUGGUCACCUGCAUUGGCAUAUCCUUCUUUACUGAAGAUGUGUAGGAAAAAAAAGGGGGUUUUCCCCCCAGAGGAAAAAAUACUGCAUGUUUUCACCACAAGGAACACCUUAGUAAAAAAUGCUAAACCGGGGCCGUUUAAAUUUAAUGAGUGUCGGUAGCAUUCUUGCUGGGUUUGCGUUCUGCUUGGGUUUCAGCACGUCCGUCUUUGAAAAUUUGUGCAGGAUCGGGGGGGGUCUCCCACUGCCUCUCACCUCCCCCCGGGCCGCUUGCGGAUGCGUUUGGUUGCUCAGUGGUUUUGUCCCAUGGCUGUCAAGAAUCGCGUAUGCGUUUCACUGCAGUGCAAAGAAGUGCAGCCUGCCAUGCAAGUCGUUAGCAAGCCAUGACCAGGUAAUACGUUGGGUAGGGGCUGGAGCAUCCGAUGUGGAGGUGCCGACACCGGUGAGUGACACUGCCACUGAGGAGCGUAUCAUUUUAAGAACAUAACGACUGAAUUUCCACGGGUGGGCUGCAUGCUGUCCAAGCAGAAGUAUUACAAAACGUGGCUUCUGUUUGUGGGCUUGACAGAGCUUUCGGCCUUUGAUCGUGGGUGUUGGUAUAGAGGGAUGCACUGGUUUUACAAAACUGCCGUUACUUUCUUCCUCUUUCUUUAACAUAAAAGUGGACAUUCAGUUUACAGGAACGGGAGAGGCAGCAGGCAAGUUUUGAAUUACGCUUGAACGUUGGCCUGCAAAACACAGAUGAGUAGCUCUCUGUGCUCUUGUCCCAGCAACAAGGCCAAGCUCGCUACAAUAUCAGUUACAUCUUUUUUCUCUAAGAAAGUCCUUGCAAAAUCCAGUUCUCCACCCAUGUAGUUCUUUUGCUAGUUCUGACCCAGUUAAAGCGUCCCAGACCAGUGUGCCAUUAACACAGGUUACAUGGGGUCUGAGACCAGCAUCGUGCAUCGGGGGUGUAUUUGGAGCAGAAUACAUCAAGAAGAUUUCAGGGGUACAAAGGAUGGGGAAGGAAUGGGAAAUAGUGAGCUAAAACCACUGUUGCUGAAGUAAAAACCUGCCACGGGGACACUGGCAGAGACUGCUCUUAGCUGGACUUUUCCCCUUUUGAUUGGCAGUUUUGUUUCCACUCUGUUUGCUCUGUGUAUCAGUGUCAGGGCUCACCGUGAUGGCUGCUGUAUCGCUGUUUCACACAGCGAUGCCCGUUGCUCCUUAUUGGCGUUGGCUGAUCACGUUGCCAAGUCACACAGCACACGUGGAGCAUAUUUAAAAGUGCACAGCUGACAAGAGAAGCCUUUUCAGUCUAAAGGGUGAGUUGCCCUGAGCUCUGCAAGAAAUGAAAACGCCAAUAACUCGCAACGUGUAGAGGAAGAGAGCAGCUCUGUGCAGACCUGCUUCCCUCCCAAGUAGGUCUUAUGUUUCACAUAAUUCCACUUGCAGGGAUUGUUGGGAAUUCUUGAAGGGUUACAUAAGCGUCAGGAGUCAGCGCUGCAGUUUGUUGGGCGGAAGGUUCUGCCACUCGCAGAAAACAGUGCAGCGUAGCACAAAUCUUUUUUUGUGUUGUGUUUUUGUCUCUCAUGAAAUUUGAAAGAGGAGGACACUGAAUUCCUACUAGUUCUCAGCAUUAGGUCAUUUGGAUCAUAUGGGAGCACGUCACUUCUUACUAGCGCUCAUAGACUAUUUAAGGAUUCUUGUUUUAGUAAAACCGUUCCCUUCACGGAGUUGUGAGGGUGUUGUUUGCUUUAAUCCAGCUUCCAGCACUUAGCAAAAAUGAAACUUAACAGUAUUCAGGUUGGUGGAGGUUUGACAUUUCAUUAAUACGAGUUCCUAGGAAUCAGUGGGUUGGGAGGUGGGGAGCCCGAGCUGCUGGGAAUGGCCAUCUUCUGCUGUGGGGUUGGGGCAGCCGCUCCUGGCUCCGAGCAGCGUGUACAUGUGGCAGCUGAGUCCACGCCAACAGCAACGUUCACCUGGCCGGGCAGCUGCACGCCCCGAGCAUCGCUCACCUUGUCCCCAGCAGCAUCUCACUCCGGUGCUUUCUGAUGGCUGUGGCCACGUUAGUUUAAGCUGCGUAGCCUCGUGUGUUCGUGCUGGCAGACACUAAAUGUUGACCAGAUGGUUAGGACACAAAUCCAAACCUGAAGUUUCACCGUACGGUUUAUUUCACGCGUUAUACCGAAAACCAGUUCUAUUUUGCAGGCUAAGCAGGAUUUUUUAAUGUGUUUAUGUGCAAUUUUUUGUUGUAUCCGGUGAAAAGAAUAUUUUAAAGAAGCAGUGUUUGAAAUUCUAUUUUGUGUUAAGAGGCAGUUAUCUUUCUGGGGCAUUUGUGUUGGGGGGUGUGGGAGGGAUCCAUCGGAGCGCUUCGUGCUUCUGGUGUUCAUCCGCCAGCUCCUUGUGUCACCAUCCUUCCUCGGACGAUGGCGAGCGCUGGGCUUGAGGCUCCGCAACGUGACACACCCCAAAUCAAGUGGCACUGGCACUAAGGAAUCCCCCGUAGCAUUGAGGUGAUCGGGUCAGAACAGCGGGGAUUGGAUUCUCCCCCUUGUGAAGUGGGGGGAGCUUUGGUGGCCGGUCUGAAACAAACCACAGAGAACGUUUCACAUCACCGAGAACUCCUCUGCUGUUCUUGGUUGUGACGCGGUGGCAAAUGUUUCUUUUUGUCCUUUUAUGACUGUAAGUGUUCCUUUGAAAAACUAACGAAACAAAGCGUUUGGGGAACAGAGGACUGCUGAGGUGGAUUUAGACGUGGAAAAACCCUUGUGUAUAGAUAUUGUGAUGUUUUACAAAGCAAUCUAAUUUUGUUAUUUCUGAAAGCAGUGUAAACGUGUAAUUAAUAAAGGAUUUUAAGGCUUCAUCCCAUGCUGUAUGUCUGUAAAUACAUUCCAUAAUUUGUAUGUCUGUUAAAUAUAAAUAUGUUUGGAUAUUGUACACUUUAUUUUAAAUUGCCUGUAUUCUGCCAGUAGUGUGAACUUCUAGCACAUUAAUAAUAUAAAUGGAAACCAUGGGUAAUUUGAAAUAAAGUUUUAAGACUUACGUGA